AUGGGGAGGGCGGCGGCUCGCGGAUCUCGGCGGGCGACGGGCGGCGCGACGGCUGGGCGCGGGGGCUUCGGCCCUCGGGGCUUCGGUCUGAUUACAGACGAGGAGAUCUUCAAAGACUACGAGGCGGCCGUGCCCUUCUAUGCGCUGGCCGGCCUGGGCGUCGCCGUCCACUGCAUCCCGCUGGGCAAGGCACCCGGCGACCCCUGCCCCACCACCGUGCAUGACUUCCUCGGCGACGAGCUCUACACGGAGCUCCCCGACCACCGCUUCCGCGUCACCGCCGACUUCGUCGCCGCGGCGGCCGACCCGUCCUCAUACGACGCGCUCGUCGUCCCGGGCGGCCGCUUCGUGGAGCAGCUCAGCAUUGACCCCGAGGCGGUCGCGCUCGUCGGGGCAUUCGCGGGCGAGCUGCGCAGGCCGGUCGUGCUCACGUGCCACAGCCAAGUCCUGCUCGCCGCCGCGGGCGCCAUGGGCGGCGUCCGGUGCACCGCCUUCUUCAGCCUGCGGCCCGUGGCGGAGCUAGCCAGUGGGACCUGGGUCGAGCCCGAUCCCUUCGGCCUCCGCGUCGCCGAUGGCCACGUCCUGACCGCCAUCGCGCGGCUCCUGUCUGCCAUGGGCGCGCGAGUCCACGGCGGGCGCGGCCAGGGCGUCCUCUUCCUCUACGCCGACUACGUGGACGACUACGAGGCGAACGUGCCCUUCCGCGCGCUGGACGCCAUGGGAUGCCGCGUGGAGGCGGCGUGCCCGACGAAGCGCAAGGGCGAGGCGUGCGUCACGGCGAUCUACGAAGACGUCGCCGGCGCAGCCCCCGACACGGUCAGCGACGAGAAGCACGAGGAUAACUUCGCGAUGACCGUGGACUGGGCCAACAUCGACGUCGACGACUACGAGUGCUUGGUCGUGCCCGGCGGCCGGUUGCCGGAGCUGCUGGUGACCAAAGAGGAGGUGGUGGCGCUGGUGGCGAAGUUCGCCGCCAAGGGGAAGGUGGUCGGCAGCAUCGACCAGGGCCACCUCGUCCUCGCCGCGGCGGGGCUCCUCAAGGGCAAGAGGUGCAUGGGCAGAGUGCCCAUGAGGGUGAUCUCCAAUCUCACCGGCGCGGUGGGUGUGGAGCCCGAAGGGGCGGUCACCGAUGGGAAGCUCGUGACGGCGGCGAGCUGGCCGGACCUUGCCGAGUUCAUAGCUCACCUCAUGGAUCUCUUGGGCAUCACAGUCUCCUUCUGA